GACGUCUAAUAGAUGUUUGAUAUCGGUUCAAUAGACGUAUGAUGCACGUUCAAUAGUGCGAUCAUGUUAUAAAAAGUGUUUAAUAUGCAACGGUCACUUGGUGUAAGAUACUGUCAUACCUCUUGAUAAAACGUAUCUCUUGUGUUAUCGAAAAUUUAAGCUGCAUGAUAAGAUAAAAAAUUGCUUAGAGGUGUUCUCAUUUUACUAUGAGAACAAUGAGGUAUCAAUGUCUCGAAGAUAAAUCACGUACAUUUUGAUUGUAAAAAUAAAUGGGCUCUGCUCGCAUCAAUCUGUCACUCAGUCAGUCUGCCACCAUGAACUGCGACAAAUGUCAACAGUAUUUUACGCCUUCAAAAUGCUACACAUGCAUGCGUUUUCAUUGGGCGAGAGAACGCAACCAUUUGCUCGGGAGAAAUGAACAAACAGGGUUGGUUACUACUCAAGCCUGUGUACAAAUUGUUCAACCCUCGAUCAGGGAGCUUCCUCGAGUGGUUGUAGAAUCGAGAGUUGUACCACAUUUGCGAAGAGGGUCACCAUUAUGGUGGCAAGCAGCAGAUCCGGAGGUGGAAGAAUACAAUCGAUCACACUUUAUGCCUAAUUCUCUCCGGAUUGAAGUAAACACCAUUAGUGGCCAUCGUGUGGUACGGAUUGUACCACGGCGCUUUUAAGGUAAGUUCUCCUUUUCUCUCCAUAAUUUCCUUACUGCGCUUUAUAAUCUAUUAGUUUAUUUUAUCGCUUAUCCUAAUGACUAGGAGAAGGACAAAGCAGAAAAAGGACAAAGAGGAUAACGUCGCCAUGUCAUGCAUAACACAAUUUAUGUUUUAUUAAUUUAUCUUAUAUAUUUUUUCAUAUCAUUUUUUAUAUAAUUUUUUAGUCUCUUAUUUUUAAUAAU